CCCCUUGUCAGUGGCGAUGAUGCGCUCCUGCGCGCUGCCAAGUUAUGCUUUGUUAUUUCCUUUCCGUUCUUAACUUAUGCCAGUGGGUUAAUCAGCUGAUGCCAUUGCGAGUCACUAGACCUUGUUAAUUCGCAGGCGCUUGAGCUGGGCGGUGUCGUGUGCAGAGACGCAGGUGGCAUGCCGAUGGUAUUUCUAGUAGUCUGAGCCGGUGCGCCGUGCCCCGGAUCUUUGCCCGCUCCGGAACGCGACGAUCCCGACGCAUUCGGCGUGUCCGGCCUCGGCCCCUCAUCCUCGUGAGACUGACGUGGACCCUGGAGCGGUCGAGCCUCGGGGCGAUAUUUUUAUAAGCUCCCGGCAGCGUCGUGUGGAGCUCAGCCAUUCGCGCGCAUCGCACGCCGCAGCAUCCGAGCAGUGAGAAGCACAACGGCGCUAUUGCAGUGGCAUCUCUGUUGCCGGCAGCUUCCGCGACCGUUAAUCGGGAGUGUACGCGAUGGCGAGCAGCUUGGUCGACACAGCCGCAGCUGCCAAUCUCUGCCGCCUGACGGCGGCCGGGCGCCGCCCCGCCAGGAGCUUCUUGAACUGCGCAUGCUCCUCCACAGACUGCAGAGUUAGCGCGUCCUACCCCAUCGGCCGGAUGCUGAGCGGGGUGAGGUCGGCGGCGCGCAAGAAGCUGUUCAGGAGCGACCCGGCCGACCAGCUGCUGGGCAUCAACAGCUGGUCGGAGUGCGGCACGGACCACCAUCACUGGUGGACGGCCCUGGAAAACAAUUUUGUGCUGGAGGCCUCGGAUGACGAGUACGGCGGGGUCGUCGUCGACGCCGACAGGCUGCCGUCCGACAAUGCCGCCUUCGCGCGGUCGCUGGCGGCGUCGCUCUCCUACUGGAAGUCUGUGGGGAAGAAAGGAGUGUGGUUGAAAUUACCAGUGCAUCGGGCCGAGCUCGUUCCCUUGGCAGUGAAGGAAGGUUUCAAGUACCACCAUGCAGAGGAGGCGUACGUGAUGCUGACAUAUUGGAUCCCUGACGAGCCAUGUAUGCUCCCUGCAAAUGCUUCUCAUCAGGUUGGAGUUGGGGGCUUUGUGAUCAAUGAUCAAAUGCAGGUCCUGGUGGUGCAAGAGAAGUAUUGUGGUUCGUCGUUGGAUGGUGCUUGGAAGCUCCCCACAGGGUUCAUUCUUGCGUCGGAGGAAAUCUAUACAGGAGCUAGCAGAGAGGUGAAGGAGGAAACUGGGGUUGAUACUGAAUUCGUGGAUGUGGUUGCCUUCAGGCACGCACACAAUGUGGCAUUUCAAAAGUCCGACCUGUUCUUCAUCUGCAUGCUGAGGCCUGUGUCAAGCAAGAUCAAGAUUGACGAGACGGAGAUCCAGGCAGCAAAGUGGAUGCCACUCGAGGAGUUCGUGAAGCAGCCGUUCAUCCAGGAGGACCACAUGUUCCAGAAGGUCAUGGACAUCUGCAUCCAGCGGCUGAGGAAGUGCUACUGCGGGCUGACGCCGCACCACGUCGUCUCCAAGUUCGACGGCAGAACGUCCACGCUGUACUACAACGUUGCCGAGCCCGAGGAUGUGAACUGCGGCGCCGCUUGACGGACGGAUCUUCCUCCAGUUUCCUAAUGCAGCCAGCAACAUCAGUAAGCAACGCGUUUGCUGAAAGUAGCAGUGCUGCCUCGCCUGUAAGUAUGUGUACAGAAGAUAAUUAGACAAGGGCAGAUCGGUAGCUCUGUCGCGUUGUACUCAUCGAUGGAGGCCCGUUUGAUCGGUAGCUGCAGCUUGGAUAUAGUUAGUAUCUGGAUUCUGGGUUUCCAAAUACAACUCAGCGAUAAUAAUUCCAAAGCAGUGCUCCCGAUCCGAAAAGUAUUA